AUGGAAGACAAUCUCUUAUUAAAAACGGAUUCGUACAAAGUAUCACACUGGAAACAAUAUCCUUCUAAUACAACUUUCGUUUAUUCUUAUUUGGAAAGCCGUGGUGGUUCAUAUGAAUCAACUGUCUUUUUUGGCUUACAAUAUAUAUUGAAAAAACAUUUGGUUGGCAAAGUUGUGACAAGAGAGAAAUUAGAUGAAGCUGCUACUUUCUGGAAAGAGCAUUUAAAACAAGAUCUUGUGAAUUAUGAAAUGUGGGAAUAUAUAAUUGAACAUCAUAAUGGACAUUUACCCAUCAUAAUAAAAGCUGUACCUGAAGGCAGCGUUGUACCAUUACAUAAUGUUUUAAUGACAAUUGAAAAUACAGAUCCAAAAUGUUUUAGUUUAGCAGGAUAUUUAGAAACACUAUUAUUGCAAAUAUGGUAUCCAAUAACGAUUGCAUCAAAUUCAAGAGAAAUCAAAAAAAUUUUACUCAAAUCAUUGAAGAAAACUGGUGAUCCUAAUCUCAUCCCAUUUCAAUUGCAUGACUUUGGUUUUCGUGGAGUAUCGUCAUAUGAAACUUCAGCUAUUGGUGCAGCUUCGCAUUUAACAUCAUUUAUGGGUUCAGAUACAAUAUCGGGCAGUGUGUUAGCGAGAAACUAUUAUAAUUCAAGACAAAUAGCGGCUUAUUCAAUACCAGCAACAGAACAUUCGACAAUUGUCUCGUGGGGUAAAGACAAUGAAUGUAAAGCGUACGAACAUGUACUAGGUAAAUAUCUUUAG